CCCGUCCGCGGCAGCACCUGGAGGAAGGCGGCGACCGGCGAGCUUGCAAAACGACAAUGUCAUAGAACUGACCACAUUCAUCACAAUAUGGAGUCUGGAGAGCGGAUGUCGUCAUCAUCAGCUUCCUCUACUGCAGCUACUUCGUCUCCAGCCUCUUCUACGCCUUCCAUAGCUUCAACAGCAUCCAAGGGUGGCCUUUCUGCUGGAGCUGCAUCACAGAGUUCCUCCCUCAAUGCUUGUGAAUGGUGGAGAACAGCGGAUGUGCACUCUCGUUCCGGGGCAGCUUUCUUCCCACCACUCCUGGGAAUCUCACCACUGUUUUCGCCUCCUGCUGAUUCUGCUUCUUUCCACUCAAGAACUACAGGGAAAAAUAAUCGAGGCAGUAUAGAAAAAGGUAUAAAUGGAUCAUUGAAUGGGAACAGUGCCACUGCAGGAUCUAGUAUCAGCACAUCUGUGCUAUCAACUAGCAUUGCCACAUCUGCGGGACAAGGGAAACCGAUAACCUCAGGAGCAGGAGGCCGCAAAUAUAACCAUGAGCAAAGUAAAAACCAGAUUCUGGAUGCCAGAACUGACAAAAUCAAAGAUAAGAAACCUAGGAAAAAAGCAGUGGAAAGCUCCAGUAACAGUGACAGUGAUUCAGGCUCUUCCUCAGACACUUCAAGUGAAGGCAUUAGUAGUAGUGACUCUGACGAUCUAGAGGAGGAUGAAGAGGAGGAAGACCAGAGUAUGGAAGAAAGUGAAGAUGAUGAUUCUGAUUCUGAAAAUGAACAUCACAAAAACAAGAACAAGGUGCUAAUGCAUAGCGGUAUAACAGAUUUGAAAACAGAUGGACAAAAAACUCAUGAGAAGUCCCAAGAAAAAAGAACACACCAGCCGAUACCUCUUGUGUCUGAUUCCCAGACUCACUCACCAUUCCAGUCCCAGCAGAAGCAGUCUCAGGUUUUGUCACAGCAGCUUCCCUUUAUUUUCCAAAGCUCUCAGGCAAAGGAGGAAUCUGUGAACAAACACACAAGUGUAAUACAGUCUACAGGACUAGUUUCCAAUGUGAAACCUUUGUCUUUGGUAAAUCAAGCCAAAAAGGAAACCUAUUUAAAACUUAUAGUUCCUUCCCCUGCUCUACUCAAAGCAGGGAAUAAAAAUACCUCUGAAGAAUCUACCCCUUUGACCAGUGAUGUAAGAUCAAAACGGGAACAAUAUAAACAGACAUUCCCAGCAGCACAGAUGAAGAAACAGGAAUCAUCUAAGAACCUGAAGAAAGUUAUUGCAGCUUUGUCAAGCUCUAAUCCAACCUCUAGUUCACCAGCUCAUCAAAAACUCACGUCUUUGGAAAGCAACCAUUCCAAUCCAUUCCUGACAAAUGCACUUUUAGGUAAUCACCAACCCAAUGGAGCUAUUCAGAGUGUGAUCCAGGAAGCCCCUUUAGCACUUACUACCAAACCAAAAUCCCAGACCAAAAUUAAUGAAAGUGUCACCGCAUCUGGUAGUGUCCCUUUUUCUUCGCCAGUGAACUUGAGUGCAUCUGGGAAUAAAUCAACUGGGAACCGGACAGCUGUUAUGCCCUCUACCUCCCCUCUGUUGCCUGUUUCAGGAAAGGACAAAGCAGUGAGCAAUAAUGCAGUAAAAACACAACACCGCCUUCAUUCUGCAAAACUGGUAGUGGAGCAGUUCAGGGGAGCAGAUUCAGAUGCCCCCAGCAGUAAGGACUCUGAUGACUCAAACGACGAUGAUGAUGACGACGAUGAUGAAGAUGAAGAUGAUGAAGAUGAUGAUUCUGAUGAUAGCCAAUCAGAGUCUGACAGUAAUUCUGAGUCAGAUUCAGAAGGGACGGAAGAUGAUGAUGAAGAAGAUGAUAAAGAUCAGGAUGAAUCAGAUACAGACACUGAGGGAGAAAAAACUCCAUUGAAACUGAAUAAAACAACUCCCUCUGCGAAGAGCUCUUCCAUUGGUCUUGGAGCUCUUUCCACGCCACUUAAUCUCCAAGUAGCAAAGACCCCAAGCUCUGCGCCAUCUGCCUUAUGUCCCGAAUCCCAGCCUACAGUUUUUAUUGGGACACCAUCGCCUGCACUUGCACCAAGCACACACUGUGGUAUUUCCAAACGACGAAGAGUAACAGACGAACGAGAGCUGCGUGUUCCUCUAGAGUACGGCUGGCAAAGAGAAACCCGAAUAAGAAACUUCGGUGGUCGUCUUCAAGGUGAAGUAGCAUAUUUUGCACCAUGUGGAAAGAAGCUGAGACAGUAUCCUGAAGUAAUAAAAUAUCUCAGCAGAAAUGGAGUAAUGGAUAUCUCAAGGGACAAUUUCAGCUUCAGUGCAAAAAUAGGAGUGGGUGACUUCUAUGAAGCCAGAGAUGGACCGCAGGGCGUGCAGUGGUGUCUGCUGAAGGAAGAGGAAGUCAUUCCCCGUAUCAGGGCUAUGGAAGGGCGCCGAGGAAGACCACCGAAUCCCGACAGACAGCACGCAAGGGAGGAGUCGAGAGCGAGACGACGCAAGGGCCGACCUCCAAAUGUUGGUAGCACUGAAUUUCUAGACAACACCAAUGCAAAGCUGUUAAGAAAGCUACAGGCUCAAGAAAUAGCUAGACAAGCAGCACAAAUAAAGUUGCUGCGAAAACUCCAGAAGCAAGAACAAGCUCGAGCUGCCAAAGAAGCCAAGAAACAGCAAGCUAUUAUGGCAGCUGAAGAAAAGCGAAAGCAAAAAGAGCAGAUAAAGAUAAUGAAGCAGCAGGAAAAAAUUAAGCGAAUUCAGCAAAUCAGAAUGGAGAAAGAACUUCGAGCUCAGCAAAUUUUAGAGGCAAAAAAGAAAAAGAAGGAAGAAGCAGCAAAUGCCAAAUUACUGGAGGCUGAAAAAAGAAUAAAGGAAAAAGAGAUGCGAAGGCAACAAGCUGUUCUGCUGAAACACCAGGAGUUGGAGAGGCAUAGACUAGAUAUGGAACGAGAGAGGAGAAGACAGCAUAUGAUGCUUAUGAAAGCCAUGGAAGCACGUAAAAAAGCAGAAGAAAAAGAACGGUUAAAGCAAGAGAAACGUGAUGAAAAGAGAUUAAAUAAAGAGCGUAAAUUGGAACAGCGAAGAUUGGAAUUAGAAAUGGCGAAGGAGCUAAAGAAACCUAAUGAAGAUAUGUGCUUAGCUGACCAGAAGCCUUUGCCAGAGCUGCCCCGCAUCCCAGGCCUCGUUCUCUCUGGAAGCACAUUUUCAGAUUGUCUCAUGGUUGUGCAAUUCUUGCGCAACUUCGGUAAAGUUCUUGGCUUUGAUGUGAAUGUGGAUGUCCCGUCUCUGAGCACUCUUCAGGAGGGUUUGUUAAACAUAGGGGACAGCAUGGGAGAAGUACAAGACUUGCUUGUAAAGCUUGUGUCUGCAGCUGUUUGUGAUCCAGGACUUGUUACUGGAUACAAGGUCAAAACUAUUCUUGGGGAGCACUUACUUAAUGUUGGCAUCAAUCGAGAUAAUGUGUCUGAGAUCUUGCAGAUAUUUAUGGAGGCUCACUGUGGGCAAACUGAGCUUACGGAGAGCUUGAAGACAAAAGCUUUUCAGGCCCAUACUCCAGCUCAGAAAGCAUCAGUGUUUGCUUUCCUUGUCAAUGAAUUAGCAUGCAGUAAAAGCGUAGUAAGUGAAAUUGAUAAAAACAUUGAUUAUAUGUCAAACUUAAGGAGAGAUAAAUGGAUGGUUGAAGGCAAACUUCGGAAGCUUAGAAUCAUUCAUGCCAAGCGAACGGGCAAAAGAGAUGCUACAGGAGGUGGUGACGUUGGGGAGGAACAGCACUGCUUGGAAACACCAACGCAGGGGCGCAAACGCAGACGAAAGGGUGACAGUGAUUACGAUGACGAUGAUGAUGAUGAUAGUGAUGACCAGGCAGAUGAAGAUGAUGAGGAUGAAGAGGACAAAGAGGAUAAAAAGGGAAAGAAGACAGAAGUCUGUGAGGAUGAGGAUGAUGGAGAUCAGACAGCAAGUGUUGAAGAACUAGAGAAACAGAUUGAAAAAUUGACCAAGCAACAAAGCCAGUACAGAAAGAAGUUAUUUGAAGCUUCACACUGUUUACGUUCAAUGAUGUUUGGUCAAGACCGUUACAGGCGUCGAUACUGGAUUCUGCCCCAGUGUGGUGGUGUUUUUGUAGAAGGCAUGGAAAGUGGUGAAGGUCUAGAAGAAAUUGCAAAAGAAAAAGAGAAGUUUAAAAAAGCAGAAAGCAUGCAUAUCAAGGAAGAGAUAUUUGAGAACUCAGAAGAUAAAUUACACUGUUCAAAUCCAACUCACUGUGAGCAAAAAGAUAUGAAGGAAAAGGACAACACUAAUUUAUUUUUACAAAAGCCUGGGUCUUUUUCAAAACUAAGCAAAUUGUUAGAGGUCGCAAAAAUGCCACCUGAAUCUGACGUUAUGUCCCCAAAAUCUAAUGGCAGUGCAGCAAAUGGCUGCACAUUAUCUUAUCAAAGCAACUCCAAAAACUCGCUCUGCAGCCUUCAGCCCGCUGUUUCACAGAGCAGCACUGACAAGGCUGAUUCCAACAAUCUGUUCAGUCCUACGGUAAGCGGGCCUGGGAAGUUCUACACUUCUCCACUAGCUCCAAGUGAUCAGCUGUUAAAGACACUCACUGAAAAGAGCAGACAGUGGUUCAGCCUGUUGCCAAGAGUCCCCUGUGACGAUACGUCAGUCACUCAGACGGACACACCAGUCACAACCUCCCUGACCCCUCAGUCACAUCCGCCAUCAAAGUCGCCCUCACCGGUUCCCUCGCCUCUUCUGGGAUCAACCUCUGCACAAAGUCAAAUGGGAUUAAGUCCGUUUGCUUUGUCACCACUCCAGCAGAUGAAGACUGGAUUACCUGUCAUGGGACUUCAGUUCUGUGGAUGGCCUACAGGAGUUCUUACUUCAAAUGCUCCAUUUUCAUCUCCCUUGCCUACUCUUGGAUCAGGUUUGGGAUUGUCAGAAGUGAAUGGUAAUUCAUUCUUGGUACCUAGCAUUUCUACAAGUAAAAGCGAAUCACCAGCACUACAAACUGAAAAAACAGCUUCUGCUCCUUCUGCAGCAGUUGAAGUAUCCAAGCCGGUAGAUUAUCCUAACCCAAAACCCAUACCAGAAGAAAUGCAGUAUGGAUGGUGGAGAAUUACUGAUCCUGAGGACCUAAAGUCUUUAAGUAAAGUGCUGCAUCUCAGGGGAAUAAGAGAAAAGUCCUUACAAAAGCAAAUACAGAAACACAUGGAUUAUAUUACUCUGGCCUGCAUCAAAAAUAAGGAUGUUGCAAUUAUUGAUAUAAAUGAAAAUGAAGAUAACCAGGUAACUCGAGAUGUUGUUGAAAACUGGUCAGUAGAAGAACAAGCAAUGGAGAUGGAUCUUGCUAUUCUUCAGCAGGUGGAAGAUCUAGAGAGGAGAGUUGCAUCAGCUAGUUUGCAAGUUAAGGGCUGGCUGUGUCCUGAACCUGCAUCGGAGAGAGAAGACUUGGUAUAUUGUGAACAUAAAUCAAUUAGUAGAUUGCACAAGAAGCACGAUGGAGAUUGUGCUGGAGGCGGAGAAAGCAGUACCAGCGCUCUAGAGCGGAAGAGUGACAACCCUCUAGAUAUAGCUGUAACCAGACUUGCUGACUUGGAGCGGAACAUAGAGAGAAGGUAUCUGAAGAGCCCCUUAAGUACCACCAUUCAGAUCAAACUGGAUAAUGUGGGCACAGUUACUGUCCCUGCUCCUGCACCAUCCAUUAGUGGUGAUGGUGACGGAAGUGAAGAGGAUAUUGCUCCAGGGCUAAGGGUAUGGAGAAGGGCACUGUCAGAAGCGCGCAGUGCUGCACAGGUAGCUCUGUGCAUUCAGCAAUUACAGAAAUCAAUAGCAUGGGAAAAAUCUAUUAUGAAAGUUUACUGCCAAAUCUGUCGAAAGGGAGAUAAUGAAGAACUGUUGCUGCUUUGUGAUGGUUGUGAUAAAGGCUGUCAUACAUACUGCCACAGGCCCAAGAUUACUACUAUUCCCGAUGGUGACUGGUUUUGUCCUGCAUGCAUAGCAAAGGCAAGUGGUCAAACUCUAAAGAUAAAAAAACUUCAAAUCAAAGGGAAAAAAAGUAGCGAACAAAAGAGAGGCAGGAAAUUAUCUUUAGUGGGAGAUGCAGAGGAUGAAGAUUCUGCAACUACAAGUGGCUCCUUAAAAAGAAUAAAAAAUGAUGCUAAGAAAAGAAAAAUGGAGGAGAAUGUCUCUGCAAGUCAACUAAAGCAAGAAAAUUACACUCCUAUUAAGAAACCUAAAAGAGAUGACUCCAAGGACUUGGCUAUUUGCAGCAUGAUCCUCUCAGAAUUGGAAACUCAUGAAGAUGCAUGGCCUUUCUUACUUCCUGUAAACUUGAAACUUGUUCCUGGUUAUAAGAAAGUAAUUAAAAAACCUAUGGACUUUUCCACCAUUAGAGACAAGCUAAGUAGUGGACAGUACCCUAAUCUUGAAGCAUUUUCGUUAGAUGUCAGGCUUGUUUUUGACAACUGUGAAACCUUUAAUGAAGAUGAUUCUGACAUAGGCAGGGCUGGCCACAACAUGAGGAAAUAUUUUGAAAAAAAAUGGACAGAGAUUUUCAAAGCAAGCUGAAGUUAUCAGAAUCCUUUUUUUUCCCUUAAAUGAGGACUGAUGAGACCAGCAAUGUGAACUGAAUUUACAUAAAAGUGCAAGUCACAUGCAUAACUAAUGACUGUUUUUUUUUUCUUAAAAAAUAUCACAGAAGAGUGACACUGUUUCUAAAAGCUUCACUCUUAUAGCAACCAUGGCCCCUUGGUUAUUGGUUUCUGUGUUUUAUCAAACUAAUAUAGGUAGAACAGGGAAGUACACCCAAAGAAUUUCAAAGAAAGGGGUGUUAUAGUGCAAUAGCAAUUUAAAAUAUAUCAAAACGCACUGAAUAUACAACCACCAGAGCUCUACUCGGGGAAAUGGUUCUCUUUUCCCUUUCAAUAAAUAUCUAUUUUUCAUUUUUUUACUUUGUAGUUUAUUUUUUAGUGAAUGUAUUUAAUUUUAUGAAUUAUUUAUGAUUAUACAGCAUCCAGAAUCUUCGUUUUCUGUGAAAAGGAAGAAUUAGAAAAUUGCUUUAAAUCUUGAAAAUACAACAAGGAAUGUUUUAAAAUAUAAAACAAAGCCAAGUAAAACUGUUUACACUGAUGUGCUGCGAAGGCACUAAAAAUUAAACUUUACUGUAGAGUUACAAGUACAUUUAUAUAUUUGUUGCUGCAUCACUUGUGUAGUUAAAUUGUAUUUCAAGACAGUGAAGAAAAAUCGAGACAUAUGUAUAUAAUGUUCAUUAUUGUUUAUAUUAAGUCUUGUUUUAAAUAUGUAUGAUGUGUACAUAUGGUUUGCAGACAUUAUUGUUUCUGCCUUAGGAGGACAGUAGCAUUUUAUUUCAGUCUUAAGGUUAUUAUAGCUGUAUGGCUUGUACAGUAAUUAUCCUCUACCAACACUGUGGAGUCUCCUUAAUCUUGGUAGUGCCUGCCUUUAAAACAGGGUGUAGGGGAUAUUAGUUUUCCAUUUUUCUAUUUUGUUAUAUAAUUUCAAGCCACCACAGCCUCAAA